AUGGAGUCUAACUCCCUCUCUGUACUACAGCAAUUAACAGCCAAUCCUCAACUCCUUGGCCAAUUGCAGAAUCUCUUAGCACUAUUGUCUCCACGACAGGAUGGUACUUCCUCUAGUACUAAUACUACUAAUACUACAAAUAAUAUGAAUACUGUGAGUACCAACAGUAAUAAUAAUAAUAAUAAUAAUAAUCAUAAUCAUAUCAACACAGCUGCGGCCGCAACCAUAACGCCUGCAAGCAGCAGUUCCUCCACACUCUCCUCACCAUCCGUCACAACUGGUGGAUUUGUUUCUCCAGCACUCACUGCACUUCCCAACACGGCACGUACUCAACAUCAUCAUCAUCCACAUCCACAUCAACCAUUACAGGCACAGCAGCAACAACAUCAACAACAACAAAAAGAAUCUCAUCAUACGGUUCCUUCCAUCAGUCGUGGAUCUACACAAACACGAACCUCCGCUGCCCGAUCCGUACGGCAGAAUGAAAUGAAUAAUUCCCAUCAUGUGCCAAUAGAGAUGAAGGCACACGGUGGUGUAUCACUGCAGCGAUAUGAACAACUGGUCAGUCGUUGUCGUCAACUGGAAGAACAGUUAGAAGCGAAAACACGUGAAGUUGUGGAAACCACACCGCGUGUGGGGCAAUUAGAAAAGGAAGUAGCGCGACUCACACACCGUGUAGAGCAAUUAAUGGGUAUUGUAGAAGAACAGAAACGAGCGAUAGAGGAAAGUGAAGCCAAGUACAGUCUUGAACUGGCAGAGGUGAAACACAAUCACGAAUUAGAACUUCAAUCCAAGAUAUCUACAUAUGAUGAGGCACUGCGAAAGAUUGUGAGUGCACAACGUCUGGUAUCUGCGGCUAAACAAUAUGAACAAACUGUGAGAAGUAACACAGGUGGUAGCAGUAGUGCCGGUCGAUGGCUUUCCGUCACAUCCACACCUGUGAAUAGAAGUAUUUAUCUGCAGACGGGUAGUUCUGUUAAGCAGAAUGCCGCCACUCCACAGACAUUUUCACAUGAUAUGAACAACAGCAAAAAGAAGAAAAGUACUCUCACUCAUGAUGAUUACGGCGAUGAUGGAACCUUUAUUACUCGUAUGAUCUCCACCAAACGUGAGAGAGAAGAGACGCAUAGUACUUCUCCUCCUAUUCGCCGUAAACGACGUACACCACGCACGCCAAGUCUCACAGCCGCCGAUCGUGCAGCCGCUGCUGUUAGUACUGCUACUACUACUGCUAAUAGUAAACCAACGGCCACAUCGUACAGUAAACGAACAUCUUAUUCACUAAAAACAGAGAUGGACUCUCCACAUAUUCGCCCCACGGCGGUAUUCACAGAGGAGCGGCAUGCCGUGAAGGCCCGACAUCCAUCCAGUCUGACGGUAUCCCCCGGACCCGCCACAAGUACCAUCACUGAAGCCAUGGCCCGACAUCAUCAUCGCCAACAACAACAACAACAACAACAACAACAGCGGGAUGCUGUUAGUGUGAAGAGUGCGGAAUCUAGAUUUGUGGCCCACUACGGAACUCCACUGCCGCCACUGCCGGCCGCCACGAAUAUGACGACGAGUGUCACGGCCCUCAGCCGCACGCCCCGGCAGCGUGGGGAGCACCACGGCCAUCAUCUCCGCAGUGGAUUUCAGAGCGGGCAGCGCAGCGGGACCUCCUCCGUCGUUGGCGGACCAACGCGAUCGCCGUCGCCCGUUAAUCCCAAGCGCGGGGCGGACCAGCCGCGUUGUUUUGUGGUGACGAGUCUCAGCGAGGAGGAACGUGGACGCGUGCGGGCCGCAGUGGCGGCUCUCGGGCAGAACGGCGUGGUGCUCGACAGUGAAUAUGAAGAUCCGCCGCCGUUCAGCGCAACUCACAUUGUUCUUCGUGGCCCGCCGCGUAGUAUGAAGGCCCUCUGCGGUGUUGUAGCCGCCAAGUGGCUUGUGCAGCCAGAGUACAUUUACGCCUCGCAUGAAGCGGGAUUUUGGCUGGAUGAAUACGACGAGGGCGGUCUGCGUUGUUUUCCACCACCACUGAAAUGUCAACGAUUUCUUCUCACAAUGCCAGACGGUGUGGUGAAGGAGAAACUACAGCAAGUCAUUGAGUACGGUGGGGGAGAAGUAGUGGGCGCCAACACUACUACUGCUGGUGGUAGUAGUAAUAAUAAGAACAACAGUACGCAUAAUGCUGCUGGUGGGGAUAACCGUGUGUUUGAUCAGGGAGUUGUGGUGAUUGCCUCCGGUGACGACCUCCUACGCUUCGCUACAAGAGUAGAGUGA